GCUGUCACCAACUGCUGGAUGCAGCUCACGGCCAUCUCCAUCUCAGGGGGAGGAAGAGAAGCAGCACCCAACAGCACCCCACAGCUUCCUCUCACCACCAGUACCUCUGCAGACACUGGAUGGGGAGGAUCCUUUUCUGCACACCCAUGGUUUUGUUCUGCUCCCUGCCUCUCACCCUCCUCCUCCUCCACCCAGGCACAUGCACCAAAGAUGUGACAGAGGUGCCCGGGGCUGUGGGCAAGUCUGUCACCUUCUCCCUCCCGAGUCUGAAUGGAGAAAAUACAGCCUGGAGCUUUCACAAUGAAGUCAUAGUGACUGUGAAGUCUGGAAAUCCUCCUGAAGACACACUUUUUGAUGAGAGGUACAAGUCACGUUUGACCUUCCCCCAGAAUGGCAGCGCCCUCACCAUUGCCCAGCUGAGGAUGGAAGACUCUGGUACCUACACUGCAAAGAUCUCAGGGGUAAAAAGCCUCUACAGCUUCCUCCUGCAUGUCUACAGGGAGCUGGAGGAGCCCAGGGUGACCUGCAAGGUGGAGAACUGCUCAUCCAACACCUGCAUCUACACCUUGCACUGCACUGCGGAGGCCUCUGGCUCUGGCAACAUCUCCUAUGGCUGGAGCACGGGGAAUGAGCUGUGGGGAGAGGGCCCCGAGGUGCUGGUGGAAGCCUCAGCCCUGGAGAAGCUCCCAGUGCUCACAUGCAGAGCACAAAACCCCAUCAGCACCCACAACAUCACUGUCACCUCCCCCGCUGCCCUCUGCACAGAUCUUCUUCUCCUUCAAGGCACCAACUCCAGAGGUCAGGUUGGGCUGGUGGCCGUGUUGGUGGUGGGAGCCAUAGUGAUUUUAGUGCUGGGUUUCCUUGCCAUCUACUACAAGUUCAAAGGCUGGAGGAUCUUCCCUUUGCCUGCAGCCAAGGCUCCGAGCACAGAGGCUGGAGCAGAUUACUCAACAGUUUAUGCUGAAGUUGGCCCUUCCCAGCAGCUGCACCUGCAGGGUGCCUCUCGUGCACAGCAAGAUGAUCCAAAAAAGAUGCCAAACCUUGAUGUGGAACCCUCCAAAACCAUCUAUUUCACUGUCCAGGCUGUAGCCCAGACAGAUGAUGAGAAGAUGAGCAAAGGGCUGCUGGGCUGCCAAGACCAGGAUUAAAAAAGCCUCAACUCACUGGAGCAGAGCCCAUGGCACAGCCUGACCACAGCUCCAUCACAUCCAGCCAGCCUGGUGGUGCUUUCCUCAGCCCUGCCUGCAGCAUCCCCACCACCCAGCCCUUCCCAUCACUGUGCCCUCCAGUUUCCCACCAGGCCACCCACACCAGAGUUCCACGAGCUGGCCCAGGAGCUCUGCCCAUGGGUUGGCAUCUGCCUGGGCUUUGGGCUCCUCCUUUCUGCCCUCUCCAAGCAGACACAAAGCAGAACUGGGGCUGCAAAGCAGGGACCUGAGCCUCAGGACUGGCCCUGCAGCAUCUGAUGGUGAGGAGCAUCAGGAGGAAAGGACUGAGAAGACUUGAGGAGCCUCUUAAAGCCUCUUUGAAUCA